AAUGUUUUGCGUUAUUCUAAUGUGGAAAAGCAUUCAGUUAGUACUUGACCUCAUUGUAUUGAUCGUGGUUCGUUUUGAAACUAUUUAUCAGUUCCAAAUAAGACGGAAUCCGAUAUGGGGCUGAACAGCAGCAUUCUGCAGCCAGAAGAGCUGAUAGACUUUAAAAAACUUGCCCCCAAUGUGAGCUUGGAUGCGGUAAAUAUUCCCGAAAUCCCAGCCAAUAGGAAAGCCACAAAUGUGCGCUGGCUCAUCACCUUAAUAGCAUCCAUCGUUAUUCUGAUCCCGUUUCUGAUCUACACGAUGAUGCACUCAGACAUUAAGAGGCUCACUGUGGGAUACGAUAGCUGUGGGGACGUUUGUGGGGAGAUCAAUCAGCAUCGGGAUGGAGUUGCGUGUUCUGGCCAGGAUUUGACUACUAAACCCUAUAUAAAAUACGACGAUACAUUUGCUGGGGCGGACUCUUCGACAUGGACGAUAAAACGAGGCUCCUGCCUAGCAACUUGCCCCAAUGAAUAUCUGGUCUAUAACGGGGUUUGUUUGAAACAAUCGACCAUCCGCCACCAAAACGCUAUGAAGAGUACUGUUGACUAUGACUACGAAAACUAUGAUUCGCAGAUUGAGGAUGAAGAUUUAGCUUCCUAUUACGCCAGUAUCAAGUGGCAGCUGAUAAUUUCCUGCUUUUUAUCAAUACUUAUCGCCAUGGGCCUGUUGAUCCUCUUCCGAUUCAAUGUGAGCUUUAUGGUCUGGGCAAUUUUGAUUGGUAGCGUGCUGGCCCUGUUUGUUUUCGCCAUUUUCGCUUGGAUUGUGUCGCAGCAGAUGACGGUUGGGAUAAUUCUGUCCGUAUGUGCUGUCCUUUAUGGCAUUCUCUUAAUAUGCUUCAGGAAAAGGGUCCAGCUGGUUAUUUUGAUGCUGAAAGAGGCCACAAAGGCGGUUUUCCGAAUGCCCAGAUUGAUGGCCGUUCCUUUUGUUUGUUUUAUAACCAUUGGUAUUAUCACGGCCGUAUGCGGCCUAUUGACUGCCUACAUGUUGUCUUCUGGAACACUGCAAGCGGACGCACAAGACUCGCACAGCUACGUGAUGAACCCCGUGAUGAUCGCAUCAAUCGUCCUCAACAUCGUGGUCUAUUUGUGGAUUUGCCAGUUUCUGAUGGGAAUCCAGUACAUGAUUAUCGCCGGCGCUGUUUGCAAAUGGUACUUCUGCAGAGACAAGAACCUUCUCUCGAGCCCCAUUCUGACUUCUGCAGGCAUCACUUUCAAGUACCACUUGGGUACGAUCUCAUUGGGUUCCCUGAUUAUCCUGCAGAUACAGAUUUUCAAGGCGCUGCUAAAAGUGAUGAUGAGCCAUAGAUGGUGUCGGAACAUUGCUGUUGCAUGUCUCAAUUAUUUCGAAGAAAUCUUCAGAUUUCUGUCCAAAAAUUCAUACAUAGUCACCGCUAUGCAUGGUCAAGGGUUCUUCCAAUCGGGCAAACGAGCGGUCAAAUUAUUAGUGCAGAAUAUCAGCAACGUUAUCGCCUUGAACUUCAUUGGGGACUUUGUUUUGGCAGUGGCUGUGGUGAUUGUUGUAGUGAUCAGUGUUUCAGUAUCGGCCUUUAUUUUCUAUUUAGCACCGGGCACAACGUAUGAAUACAUUACUAUGCCUUAUCUGAUCGUUGGUUGUGUGUCUUUAGUUGCCGGGACAAUUACUUUUGGAGUUAUUGAGUCAACUGUGGACACAGUCUAUCUUUGCUACUGUGAAGACGUGUUGCUAAACGAUGGACGAAACAGGCCCUACUUCAUGUCCCGGGCGCUAAUGGAAUUUUUCGAAAAAUCGAAAAAGGCCUAUAAAAAGUGAAAAUGGGGCGUCCCUGGUAUAUGCGCUAGUAUUCGCAUAACAUUACCAGCAAAUUGGGCUUCGUUGAUUAUCUAAUUUGCUUUUCAAACGAAGACAAUUAAAUGUAAUAAAAUAAAUUGUAAUUUCUUUACUGAAAAUAAUGCGCGACUGCUAUUGAAUAUCAAUAGUACUUUACUUUGGCUUGCCUCAGGCAAGCCCUCUGGAUAAGUGUGACUUCAAAAUUUAUAUUACGAAAAAACGCACUUACUAUUACGUAAUACAUAAUAAGUUUAAUUAAUUUAAUUUUUGUAACCAACGCUUCGUUGAGCUGGAAAUAAAACUCUUUCCAGUCA